GAGUGGGAUGAGUAUAUACACGUAAGUUAUUGGGAAGGGCACCUGGUGUGCAACAAGCAGGCCACAGACAUUGUCCGUUAUCUUCGCUCUGUUUGCUUCUCUUUUGGGAGGACGGUACUUCCAUGGUUAUCAGCACGUGUUUCAUGAGGAUUCACAGGGUUUCCCACUCAGCCCAAAUGUUUAAAGAGGAACGGAGGGAGUCCCUUUUUGCUGCUCCUGAGCUGGGGGGUUGCUUAGGGAAUCAGAGCAGUACAGGCCCCCUCAAUGGCAUUUUCUCUCUCAGACAAAGCAACCAGCCAGCUUCUGCUGGAGACCGACUGGGAGUCCAUCCUGCAGAUCUGCGACCUGAUCCGCCAGGGGGACACACAGGCAAAAUAUGCUGUGAAUUCCAUCAAGAAGAAAGUCAAUGACAAGAAUCCACACGUGGCCUUGUACGCCCUGGAGGUGAUGGAGUCGGUGGUGAAGAACUGUGGCCAGACAGUCCACGAUGAGGUGGCCAACAAGCAGACCAUGGAGGAACUGAAGGAGCUACUGAAGAGGCAAGUGGAAGUCAGCGUCCGGAACAAGAUCCUGUACCUGAUCCAGGCCUGGGCACACGCCUUCCGGAAUGAACCCAAGUACAAGGUGGUCCAGGACACCUACCAGAUCAUGAAGGUGGAGGGAUUCGUCUUCCCAGAAUUCAAGGAAAGUGAUGCCAUGUUUGCUGCUGAGAGGGCCCCGGACUGGGUGGACGCUGAGGAAUGCCACCGGUGCAGAGUGCAGUUCGGAGUGGUGACCCGCAAGCACCACUGCCGGGCAUGUGGGCAGAUCUUUUGUGGAAAGUGCUCCUCCAAGUACUCCACCAUCCCCAAGUUUGGCAUCGAGAAGGAGGUGCGCGUAUGUGAACCCUGCUACGAGCAGCUGAACAAGAAAGCAGAAGGAAAGGCCACCUCCACCACUGAGCUGCCUGCGGAAUACCUGACCAGCCCCCUGUCCCAGCAGUCCCAGCUGCCCCCCAAGAGGGAUGAGACAGCUCUGCAGGAGGAAGAGGAGCUGCAGCUGGCCCUGGCACUGUCGCAGUCAGAGGCUGAGGAGAAGGAGAGGCUGCGACAGAAGUCAACGUACACUGUGUACCCCAAGGCAGAGCCUGUACCUGUGGCCUCAUCAGCGCCCCCCGCCAGCAGCCUGUACUCUUCACCUGUGAACUCGUCAGCACCUCUGGCUGAGGACAUUGACCCUGAGCUGGCUCGGUACCUGAACCGGAACUACUGGGAGAAGAAGCAGGAGGAGGCCCGGAAGAGCCCCACACCAUCGGCUCCCAUACCUCUAACGGAGCCAACCACCCAGCCCGGGGAGGGGCAUGUUGCUCCAGCCAGCGUGGUGGAGACUCCCCUCCCGGAGACAGACUCUCAGCCCAUAGCUCCGUCCGGAGGCCUCUUUAGUGAGCAGCAGUACCAGAACGGGGAGUCCGAGGAGAGUCACGAGCAGUUCCUGAAGGCCCUGCAGAAUGCCGUCACCACCUUCGUCAACCGCAUGAAGAGCAACCACAUGCGCGGGCGCAGCAUCACCAAUGACUCGGCCGUGCUCUCGCUCUUCCAGUCCAUCAACAGCAUGCACCCACAGCUGCUCGAGCUGCUCAACCAGUUGGAUGAGCGCAGGCUGUACUACGAGGGGCUGCAGGACAAGCUGGCACAGAUCCGCGAUGCCCGGGGGGCCUUGAGCGCAUUGCGUGAGGAGCACCGGGAGAAGUUGCGCAGGGCAGCUGAGGAAGCUGAGCGCCAGCGCCAGAUCCAGCUGGCCCAGAAGCUCGAGAUCAUGCGGCAGAAGAAGCAGGAGUACCUGGAGGUGCAGAGGCAGAUGGCCAUCCAGCGUCUGCAAGAGCAGGAGAAGGAGCGGCAGAUGCGCCUGGAACAGCAGAAGCAGACCGUCCAGAUGCGUGCCCAGAUGCCUGCCUUUGCGCUGCCCUAUGCCCAGCUCCAGGCGAUGCCCGCGGCCGGGGGCGUGCUCUAUCAGCCGUCAGGCCCAACCAGCUUCCCAGGCACUUUCAGCCCAGCAGGCUCGGUGGAGGGCUCCCCCAUGCACGGCGUGUACAUGAGCCAGCCGGCCCCAGCCACUGCCAGCCCCUACCCCAGCCUGCCCGGCACUGCAGCAG